UUAAACCCUCCCCGAAACCCCCGGCUGUUAGUGCGGUGUGAGUGCGUGUGUGCUCCGGAGCUAGCCUCGGCACACGUUCUAUAAAAAAUUAAAAAUCCAAAAAAAAUUUAAAAAACCUUAAAAACUCUUAAAAAAUUUCCUUUUCUUUUUUUUUGUAAUAAUAAAAAAAAACAAACAACAAACCAUCGGUGAAGCAGGAGCUGCUCGGUCUCGGAACAUCACAGAGGACAAACUUGGUAGAACUCAGAACCUACGCGUUUAACUUAGCUUAGCUUAUCUGUCAAGGCCCGAUUUAACUGUAACCAAAACGACAUUUUGAAAGAGGAAAAAAUAAAACAUUCGUAUUUUUAAAAGUAAGCCUUGACGCGUUGAUUUGAACUUUUUGAUUUCUUACAUUUAUUUGGAGUUUUAAACACAUUUUAAAGCCCGGUUUUUAAUUCGUGAUCUUUUUUUUUUUUUUUUUUUUUUUUCUCGGCUAAGCUAACUGACUAAAACUGUUCGACGGGAAGGCGCGUGCGCGUCACGUUUCGAAUCUUCGCUCUUUUUGCUCGCGCCGACGCGGAUUAACAAAGUUUUUUUUUUUUAUUAUUAUUUUUUUUUUAGAUUUUUUUUUAUUUUAAAAUACAAGCCAAAAACAAGAUGAACCCCAGCGCUCCUAGCUACCCGAUGGCCUCCCUGUAUGUCGGAGACCUUCACUCAGACGUGACCGAGGCCAUGCUGUAUGAGAAGUUCAGCCCGGCCGGCGCCAUCCUCUCCAUCCGCGUGUGCAGGGACAUGAUCACGCGCCGCUCCCUCGGCUACGCCUACGUCAACUUCCAGCAGCCCGCGGACGCCGAGCGCGCUCUAGACACCAUGAACUUCGACGUCAUCAAAGGCAGACCUGUGCGCAUCAUGUGGUCCCAGCGUGACCCGUCGCUGAGGAAAAGCGGUGUUGGGAACAUCUUCAUUAAGAACUUGGACAAGUCGAUCGAUAACAAGGCCCUGUACGACACCUUCUCCGCGUUCGGCAACAUUCUGUCCUGCAAGGUCGUUUGUGAUGAAAACGGCUCGAAGGGUUACGGCUUUGUGCACUUUGAGACCCAGGAGGCGGCCGAAAGAGCCAUCGAGAAAAUGAACGGCAUGUUGCUCAACGACAGGAAAGUGUUUGUGGGCCGCUUCAAAUCUCGCAAAGAACGCGAGGCUGAGCUCGGAGCCAGAGCUAAGGAGUUCACCAACGUCUACAUCAAGAACUUCGGAGAGGACAUGGACGACGAGAAACUGAAGGAGGUCUUUAGUAAAUACGGUAACGCUAUGAGUAUCCGUGUCAUGACUGACGACGGCGGCAAAUCCAGAGGCUUUGGCUUUGUGAGCUUCGAGAGGCACGAGGAUGCUCAAAAGGCCGUGGACGAGAUGAACGGGAAGGAGCUGAACGGGAAGCUGAUCUACGUGGGCCGCGCUCAGAAGAAAGUGGAACGUCAGACCGAACUCAAGCGCAAGUUCGAGCAGAUGAAGCAGGAUCGGAUGACGCGCUACCAGGGCGUCAACCUGUACGUGAAAAACCUGGACGACGGCAUCGACGACGAACGCCUGCGCAAGGAGUUCUCUCCUUUUGGAACAAUCACCAGUGCUAAGGUCAUGAUGGACGGCGGACGCAGUAAAGGGUUCGGCUUCGUCUGUUUCUCCUCCCCCGAGGAGGCCACUAAAGCCGUGACUGAGAUGAACGGUCGUAUCGUUGCCACCAAACCGCUGUACGUGGCGCUGGCUCAGCGUAAAGAGGAACGCCAAGCGCAUCUAACCAAUCAGUACAUGCAGAGGAUGGCCAGCGUUCGCGCUGUACCGAAUCCCGUGCUCAACCCGUACCAGCCCGCGCCACCGUCUGGAUAUUUCAUGGCUGCCAUUCCUCAGGCCCAGAACAGAGCCGCGUAUUAUCCCACUAGUCAGCUUGCACAGCUCCGCCCGAGUCCACGCUGGACUGCGCAGGGUGUCCGACCUCAGCACUUCCAGAACAUGCAAGCCACCAUGAGGCCGUCAGCCCCGAGGCCACAGACCUUCAGCACAAUGAGACCUGCUUCUCAGGUUCCUCGCAUGAUGUCCACUCAACGCGUGGGUGAGUUUGUACCUUCACGUUUAUCACCUACUCCUGCGGCGGCUGCAGCACCGGUGCGCACCAUCCCGCAGUACAAGUACACGGCCAGUGUGCGUAACCCUCAGCAGCACAUCAACACCCAGCCUCAGGUCUCCAUGCAGCAGCCUGCAGUGCACGUGCAGGGUCAGGAGCCUCUGACGGCAUCCAUGCUGGCUGCAGCUCCACCUCAGGAGCAGAAGCAAAUGCUGGGUGAGCGUCUCUUCCCUCUGAUCCAGAACAUGCACUCGGACCUGGCAGGGAAGAUCACAGGCAUGCUGCUGGAGAUAGACAACUCUGAGCUGCUGCACAUGCUCGAGUCUCCCGAGUCUCUGCGCUCCAAGGUUGAUGAAGCUGUUGCUGUGCUUAAGGCUCACCAGGCAAAAGAAGCUGCUCAGCAGAAAAACGUGACCAACUCCAUCGGCGUGCCAAGCGUCUAAGCCGAGGGCCGACAUCUUUCAAACUCGCUUCACCGAGGGGGGAUAAAAACCAUAUUAAACAUCGAAAAAUACACCGAAAACACUGCAAAAAGAUAGAGAUUUAAAGAAAAAACAAACAAAAAUAACAACGGAACGGAACUCUGCCAGGCCUGAGGAGGAUAAAGCCAGGCCUAGUCAAUUAUCUUUUUAAAAAAUCUGGAGGAAAAAAAAAAAGAGAAAAAUGGCAUAAAAAUGAAGAGAAAAAAAAAGGAAAAUUGGGGGUUUUAGAGAAAAAUUCCAUAAAAAGUAUAGAGCAGAGGGGGUGGAACCAAGACCCUCUAGCAUUCCUUAUUUUAUUCAUUUUAUUCCUCGCCUGCUGUGAGUUCGGUUCUGGGUACGAAGAGGAGAACCGCACGGGCGAACAAUGUGAACAAUUCUGCGGAGUUGAAAAUGUGCUUGCUGAAAUAAAGUUAAAUUCUGAAUCAUUAA